CGCCCACCCCUCCAUCACACGGAAGUUUCCGUGGUGCAACAAAAUGAACAGCUGUGCGAAGUGUUAUCUCCCUCCGCUUUAUUGUUUACAUUUCUUAAUUGUUUACUCACACGUUUUCCCGGGGUGCUGAAUGUUAUGUGGCAUUAAAUAGUUAUUGACUGACAUUUUAAGCUGGAAAUAGUGCCACUGGAGCCUUUGAAUUAGUCAAAAUGCCGAACCGUGAGACCCUUGAAACUCAAAUCGCGUCUGUGAUGGAGAUCUUGGCAAAAACUGCAGUAGCAGAAAUAUGUAAAGUUGUAGACAGUGGUUGCUUGGAAUUUAGGGUAGAAAUGUGUCGCAGACAAAAGGAGAUUGAAGCUCUGCGCAAGAAAGUACGCUGUCUGACAUCAACUCGAGAAUCGUGGUUGGGUUUGGUUCCUCCACAGCGGCGCACAGUUGGGGUUCAGGUCGACACGGAACAAGGUGUAGCUGAGAACCAGGGAGUGGCACGGGUGCCGUGUCAGGGUGAACCCAAAAGCAGAGCUGCUCCUGGGCUGACCGUGAAGGUUGAGCAAAGGCAGGGGCAUACUGCCCAGGACACUGUCGGUCAGCAGAGUCCUGGAGAGGAAUUUGCAGUGGAUUUCUCUGUGUCCGAGGUGGACUUUCCUUUGUGGGCGCCUGACAUGUCAGGUUCAGGUGGUCCAGACUGCGAGCUCGGCGAGGCCUCUUUCAGUGCUCCAACACAGUCACCCGGCCAAACAGAUUCCUCCGCUGACCCGCACCCUGGUGUCAGAGACGCUGAUCCUCAGUUCAGUCCAUCACCAUUAGAGAAACCCAGCUGCGGUGUCCUCCCUGCCGCGUUGGCGGCACCUAUCAAGAUGGAGCACAGAAACCAGUGUGUGUCCACCUCUAGAUCAGGCAAAGCUGAAACAACCGGCCAAGAUGGACACACAGGCACCUGGCGUUCACACGCAGCUGAGGAGGACGAUGGGAAACAUGAGACACUCGCUCGUGCGGACAGCGGUCAGCAGGGGGAGCGCAGGGGGCAGGGUGAGGGCACUGACUGGGGUGCUGGGGGGAGACUGUUCCUGUGUCCCGGCUGUGGACAGGGCUUCCCCUGCUACCAGCAGCUCCAGGCUCACAGACAACAGCAUGCUGGAGAGAGGGGCACCAAAUGUGGCAUGACACCUGUCAAUGGAGCUGUCCAGAGAGCCAGUGCUGACAAACAGCCCAAGUGCACAGAAGAUGAAGAUUGGAAUUGUGAGGUUGAGAGAAAACUCCAGCUAGAGCUUCAGCGUUUACAGGACUCCUUUUCCACACAAGACACGGAACAGCAGGACCGACACUCACAUCUCACACACUCUCAGGACUCGACCUCUGCUCUCACACACUCUCAGGACUCGACCUCUGUGCUUACGCACACUCAGGAGCCUGUGGGGUUUGGAGAGCUGCAGCUGGAGCUGAAGGCUGAGCGGGAGGAGGAGGAGGAUCAGAGCCUUCACCAGGGGGCAGUAGAGUGUGCGUACAGAACAGGAGACCUGGGGCAGAUGGAGGAGUCUGAAUUUGGACUGGGUCUUCAGGGAGAAGCUUCUGGAAGCAGACCACUACACCUGGGUCUGAAACACCCAGCAUGGUAUUGUGCAGACUCCCUAAAGGAAGGUGCUGCGUUCGCGUCCCCCUGGAAUGGCGGGGCAGGGACAGGGGCAGGUGUAGACCCUCCCCAGCAGAGGAUGCUCACAGAGAGGCCAAGCUUGAGUGGGAGGGGCCUCGUCCCCACAAUCCCACAAGAGCUUGCUGCAGCUUCAACUCGGUCGAGAGAGUCGGUGUUCUCUUCCGGCUCCUGCCUUGCCAGUGCCGUGCCUUCUCUUAGCCACGCCUUCCCAUCCUCCUCUUCUUCCUCCUUCUCUUCUUCCUCAGUGGUUCACAGGCGUCUCCUCGCCACGACGGCAGAAGCCGCGGCAAGCGUGGGGCCUUCCCAGCGCCUCUUUCGCUGCCCGUCUUGCCCGAAGAGUUUCGGCCGCGCCACAGACCUGGAGCGCCACCGGCGCAUCCACACGGGCGAGCGUCCAUUCGGCUGCGGCGUGUGCGGCAAACGCUUCAGCCUGCGCUGCAACCUGGUGACGCACGAGCGUGUGCACAGUGGCAGCAAGCCCUUCGCCUGCCGCCACUGUGGUAAGCGCUUCGCCCAGGCGUCCAACAUGAAGGCGCACCAGCGCAUCCACACGGGAGAGAGGCCCUUCCACUGCCGGCUUUGCAGCCGCAGCUUUACGCAGCUCAGCAGCCUCAAGACCCACCAGAGACUGCACAGCAGGGCCACCACCAGCCAGUACUGAACACACGACAGGGAUAAAAACUACAACGCGAAAGACCAAGAGUCGCUAUCGAAGCUUGCAUCGACUCUAAGUGAAAAGGGUGUUGCACACAAACUAUGGAUGGAGCAGCCAGAGA